AAUGUCAGUGGGUGCCAUUUUUUCCACAGUGAGGAAUUCAGUGACACACCUUUGCUUCAUACACACUUCCGUAUCAGAUGCCAUUGUGUCAAACUGCCCCUCUACUGCCAUCUGUCACACAGCAACGCCACGUAAUGGAGUAUUGGUGGGAAGGUUCAACCUCUGUUGCUGUACUGCCAACAUCCGCCUCUAAUAUCAUGGGCCAACAAAUCAAUAUAUCUUCUCCUAAUAUUUUUUUCUGUUUUGCUUCCUGUACUGUUUGCUCAGUGAUAAGGCAACCUUUAUCUGAAAAUGAAAACGUUCCAUGUUUUCACCUAUGUGAGCAUAAAGUAGUAAAUGAAAAUUAUUGGCUUCAAUCUGGAGUGAGAAAAAAAUGAGAAAUAGAAACUUGCCAAAUGGCAGUGUCAUUCCUGAAGAAAUGCACUCAGUUUCUGCUAUCCAUAUUUAACAUUGUUCUAAAUAAUUUCCUUAACUCUGUCGUAAGGAGCAAGGCAAGUUCAAAACAAUUCAGUAUUUCCAUGUACAAGUUGUUCAGGCUGUAAUGCAUAACCUGAAGAAGAAAUAAGUCCCUGGAUCUUUGCAUCCUGUUUGUCAUCUAGUUCUGUUCAGAGAGGUUUCUUCCAGAAGAAACAGUCCUGAAAUUCAUUCUUCAUCAGAAGUAUGAAGACAACAGGGUCAGCCAAGGUAUCAUUAAACCACUGAAUUACUUACUUUACAAAACAGCUUGUUUGUGUCUCUGUAAAUUAUUCUCCUUCUUAUCACAGUGGUAUAUUUUCUAGCCUUUGAAACAAAGUGAGCUCUGUUAGGCCCAUUUAUAUUCAUUAUCUGUUCAUGUUUAGGAAUUUUGGGGGACUGUAACAACAAUAGGUGAAGUAACUGGAGAACCCUCAGUCCUUUGAUUUGCCACAUGUAAUCCACAUAAGGUGAUUCAUGACCUUGAUUGUAGGCCAGGGUGUCAUUUUGGUCCUUUCCAGGUGGCUCAGAUUUUUUUCUGGAGAAAAUCUACUGUAUCAGUCAUGUAUUACAACAGCACUGAGGGAGGAGAUCAUAACUAAAGGAAUGAACAAGGAGAUCAUGUUCAGAUCUGUAUUCAAAAUACCUUUUGUGAGAAUUCAUUCCUUGGAUUUGAAACUAAAUGCACUCUUGUUUUGACGUUGGCAGGGAGCACAGGAACUAUAGGGCCUUUGUGUCAAUUUCCAAGUUUAGAUACUAUUAAGAGUAGUUAUUUUCCUUCGGGAUUUUUUAUUUCUAAAGUUUGUGGACUCAGGUUUUAUUUAUUUUCUUAAUCAGAGGAACAUUAAAAGAACAAUAAAAGAAGAUAGAUCAGACACUGAGCUUUGUCAUUCCAUCAUUAAAAGGGUCGUGCUAGCACUGUUAUUUUGGCAUAUAGUAUAUAAUGUUUUUUACCUCAUAGCUAGAUUUCAUUUCCAAUGUUGUAACACAAUCUGAGCUCACUCUUCCAGAUCUGGAAUUCACUCUGAAAUCAUGAGUGUUCUUCAUUCCAAAUUUAUGCAUUUGAUUUUCCUUUUAUAUGUGUGAUUUUCCUUUUAUAAAUUGUGAACUACUGACUUACCAAUGUAGUAACUCAACACAAGGGAAAAAGAUCCCUUUCCAAACAGAGUACUGAUGAGUUCUAUAAUUUAAAUCUGAAGACACACACUUCUUUAGCUUUUAUGGGAGAGCAAGUAUGGCAGCAUCAGCAACUUGCAGACUGUUCCUUCCACAUUUACAGAACACACUAUUCUGUUCACCUGUAUGGAAAUGUGCAAGUCUGUGAAAAUGUUUUCUUAAAUACAUGCUCCAUGAUUCUGCCUCUACACUUAUCUGUAAGGUCACUCACCUAUGAAGUGUUCAUCCCUAACUGUUUAUCUACUCUUCAGUUUCUUGUGCAAAUGUAGUUGAUUUAUUUGUUUGCUUCUGUCUGCAGAAACACAGCUUUCUACAUCGUCCCCAGGACAUAUCACAUAUUCCAUGUGUCUCCCAAAGUUCUCUCCAGCUUUUCAUUUCCCAUUAAUUGAUUUUGGUUGCUUUUUUUUUUUUUUUUUUAAAUGCUUUUCAAGUAAUAGUCAUUGUAAAGAUCAUAACACCUCUGAAAGGUAUUUAGAAAUCAUUUCACUCAGCCAACCAAAUAGGAUACAUUGCUGAAGUUACAAUAGUUUAAGUAGGAAUACCUGAAGUAUAGUAGUAAGCACAACCUGACAAUUUUAGUGUCUCAGCUUUCUAAACCUUCAGAAAAAUAUAAUCCUACAUUUAAGUCUAAAUUGACACUUUUUCCUUAAGGCACAAGAAUUCAAGCUUCUAAGUUCAGUGGCUAGAAUGCCUUGUUGAACCGAACAGAAAGAACAGAAGGGAACACAGAGAAGAUUCAGUGUUUUAUUUGUUCAUUAGUAACUUAAUAGUUUAGUACUUCUAGAAAUAUACUUCAACUGUGGGAAUCUGUUUCAGACCAGCUAUGUGCAUACGUUUGCAUCCAUUCCAGAAAACCAGAAGGCAUUCUCUUGGACUGGUAGAAGUGGGUCUUAUAAACUGUAACACAGCAAAUAUCUGGAUCUCUCAACAGAGAGUCCUGCUAGUAUUACGGGCUGUUGUGCAACAUCUCAGGCUCACCUACCCAUAAUAUUUCUCAAGGAAUGGAACAACAAGUUGUAUCUUUUUAUUUUGGAGGACAGUACAUAGUUCUUGCUGGAUACUCGUAAAGUAAUUGUCAGUCACCCUCAGUGCCAGCUAUGAGAAGGUCUUCCACCAGUAAUAAACAGAUUGGACAUCUCUGUUGCUUCGAAGCAGUUUGGUUCAUAAUGUUAGUCCAUAUCAAUGUAGCUUCUAGUUACUACAUUUCAUUUCAUCUAAGAAAAGCCAUGCAAAGCACCACGGCUUUGAGUCUUUGUGUAUUGUACAUCUAUUCUAACUUCUUUCUGUUCUCUAGUCACAGCAACAGAAUGGUCCUGGACAAAUUAAAAGAUCUUCUGGGAGUUGCCCACCAUACCCUUCACUGUCCACAGUGACAAGAGGCCUUCUGUUGCCCAUCAGUCUUUCUCUUUGGGGUGGGAUGUGGCCAGAAAUUCAGUUCAAAUAGAAGCUGCAGGGAAUUUCCAAGGUAUGGAUAAGAAGAGAAACAUUCUUUUCAGUCGUUUUCUCUGAGCAUUAUGUCUUGUUCAAAGGCAGGUAAAAAAACAAUCCUGAAUACAAAGGAAGGAUAUCUGUAUUCAGAACAUUUUAAUGAGAAGGGAGCUUUACAGAAUUGCAGUCCUAGCCACAUGGCCUUCUCAUUGUGCAUAUAUGUGUGUGUGUUUUCUUUCAGAAGCAGUCUGGCACAGAUGACUCUAGCUUUAAGGGUCUUCCUACAAAAAAUAUGCUAGCCCAGCUAAUUUGCAGAGCAUGAUAAUCUUUAAAGCUCCCUUAAGUGAGCCUCUGGUACUUUUUUAGCUAAUGAUUAACUUGAGCCCCUUCCCCCCUUUCACAUGUGGAUAAAAAAGGGAAAUAUAGAGACUGAAAGCAGCAGGCAUGAGUAGUUCCUUCCCUAACUCCAUGGACUAAGAGGUGUUCAGGUGUGGAAUCAUCUGACAAAGAGUUCAGAACUAUCAGGCAAAGCAGUGAGGGAGCUGAUCUUUUUAGGGUAAAAAAGAGAAACUGUUUUGUGACCAGGCUGAAUUCAGGAUGUUUAUGAGCUUUAUCACCCUACUUUCACUGGUACCAGCAAUGUUUGUGUGGUACAGACGGCAGCUAUUCAAUGUUCCAUUUAUUCAGCUUCAUAGUCUUCUUAGUUCUGGAGAUUCUGAUGUAACUGGAGAGUUUAUAGUGAUUUCUUGUACAGAGGUCUAGUGUUUAGAGUAAGGCUUUACUUAUCAGUACUUUUAGAGUCUCUUCAUGGCUCUACAUUCAUAUCACCCUGGGUAAGUCAUUAAACCAGUUUUAUUUCAGCCUCCCAGUCUGGAAGACAAUAUCUAUCAUAGAGGGCUUGUGUCCAGCUUCAUUUGUUUGAUUGAGAUCUUUGGAUAAAAUUGUUUUCAUAAGAGGAAUGCUAUGAUUCACAUAUUUAUUAAGUCAUAAAUAUUCUCUAUUCUGGAUAGAGAAAAGAUGAGGAAGGAUAAAAUUUGCCUGUUAGUCUAAUUUUUUACGGGCAUGUUACCCAUAUUUUCUGUUAAAACUAUCUCCAGCACAGUAGCUGGGAACACUGGUGAAUGAUUUCUGAGUGCCCAGGGUAGUACAUAUCUUGUGAGCAUAACCUAGUAAGUACUGAGCAGGGACUGGCAGCAGCAGCAUGCCCUUCCUCACAGCACCCAACUGGCAGAUCAGCUGGACUCCACUGCUGGUGCUAGGGUAUCUCUUUUACCUCCUCCUGGGUGCUAUGGUGUUCCAGCUGCUGGAGAAGCAGGCAGAAACCCACUCUCGGGACCAGUUCCACUUGGAGAAGCUCAAGUUCCUGCAGAACUACAGAUGCUUGGACAGGCAAGCCCUGGAGCAGUUCAUACAGGUCCUCAUGGAAGCAUGGGAAAAAGGGGUCAACCCAGAACGAAACUCUACGAAUCCCAGCAACUGGGACUUCAGCAAUUCUUUCUUUUUUGCAGGAACUGUUGUCACUACUAUAGGCUAUGGUAACCGGUCCCCCAGCACAGUGGCAGGACAAGUCUUCUGUGUGUUUUAUGCCUUAUUCGGAGUGCCACUCAACUUGGCCUUCCUUAACCAGUUGGGUAAAGGCCUCAAUGCUCAUCUGAUUACUCUAGAAAGAUGGGUGCAAAAGCCAGGCCAUGACCAGGUGGUUCAGAGACUGGCAGUGGCUGUCUUCCUGACUGCAGGGACCUUGCUUUUUCUAGUGUUCCCACCACUGGUUUUCUGUUAUGUAGAGGGCUGGAGCUAUGGAGAAGGCUUUUACUUCACCUUCAUCACCCUGAGCACCAUUGGCUUUGGGGACUAUGUAGUAGGUGCAAACCCCAACAAGCACUAUAUCCCACUCUACAGAAGCCUAACUGCAAUUUGGAUUGUUUUUGGCUUGGCCUGGCUGGCCUUGGUCUUCAACGUUGGAGCUGAUUUGAUGGAAAAAUUCCUUCAGCUCAAAUGGCACAAGCCUGACUUAAGCUUGUCAGAAGGAGCCCCAACCAAACUGGAAGAUGAACCCGAGCAGCCCAGGAUUCACAUACCUACCUGAGCAAGGUACACAGAGAGCAGUCUUGAGGGAGCACCUUUAAUCUGCAUCUCAUACUAAGCAAGCUCUGUGGAUGAAGGAUAAAACUACAUGUCGCAGACAGUUUCCGGAGCAAGAAACCUUUACACACACUGUCAAGGCAUCAGCCAAUUAAGACCUCCAGAGAAGUAGCGUGCAUAGUAAAGCAACUGUCGCAGAUUCAUUUUGUACUUCUCACCUAACAAAGGCAACUUCCCUCAAAGUAAUCAAUUACUGUCCUUUCCCAUUUUGUAUUGGAAUCCUGUUCUUUUGGUCAUUCAUAUUCAAAAAAUCCAAGGUGAGUGCCUCCCAGCUCCCACAAGAAGUGCUAUCACUAAGAAUCACCAAUGGAUAAAGUCGUGUUCAGAAGUCCUCUUUCAUUUCUGGUUGGAAAAUGAAGAUAACCCCAGAGAUAACAAUGGCAAUGACCAUCUGUUUAAUGGCAUCCACUCAGUUAAGAUUUGUUUGAUAUCAUCUAGAAGUAGAGGCUUUCAUGUAAAAAGGUAACAUUUCUUUCGUUCCUGAGCUAACGUGCUUCUCUCUUAAAUUGUGUAGAACUUUUGUGUCUACCCAGCACCGUCUGAACUGUUACACUUCCAUUUAGAACUAAAUGACAGGUCAGAGCAGGUCCUUACCACAGUUCAUUUCACAGCCACCUGAAAACAACACGUUAAGCUAAAUCUCAUUGCAAGCAAACUUCCUUAUUUCCAGUCAGAUCACUAUUAUUACAGUCUGGCAUUUGCUUGGACUGGUUCAGAGAAGAAUUAUCAUGCAUUGUAUAGUACUGAUGCUGUGCAUUUACCUCUAAAGAAGUCUGAUAGGCUCUUGUGCUAAAUCUGAUCCUCGGCCAUUCGUGUGGCACUGGCAGUGGAACAGAGAGAUUGGUUCUAUCAAUUAUCGUAAGCCAAAAGUAACAGCAGCCAUCUCCAAAGAGACAGAAGAGCCACAGAAUUUUACCCAGGCAGCUCGUAGCAGGCUUGCCACUGGGAUAUGAAACUGUAGUCAUGCUUCAUAUUAAGUAAGCUGUGGAAACUUGAUUAAGCAAUUAUGUAUUCACUCUGAGCGUCACACCAGAUUGUUUGUAAUCAUCACUAACAUCUUCUGUGGAUAUGCUUGUAAUAACAUACACGCUGCUAUUUGUUCAGUGUGACUUAUUAACCAGCAACUAAUCCACUUAAAACUCAUGUUAAGUGGAACUUUAAUGUAAAGUGUGACUGAAAUAUGACUGGGCAUGCAGACUAGCCCCAAGGUAGUCCCAAGGUAACAGGCUACAGAAAUAUCAGAUGUCAACAUUUCAGCAGAUACUUUAUAUUUCAUUUUAGGGAAGUGUCCACAAAACAUGUAGAUACUUGUGUGUAGGUUACAAAUCUCACAUACUUGCUGUCCUAGACUUUCACUCUGAGGAGAGUCCAGCAGGCUCUUGCAUCUGGCUCGGUGCUUGUUUGCUUUCUUUUUGCAGUGCUAAUUACUAACUCCUGCCCAGUGCAGUUUGGCUGUCAAAUCUGAAAUGCCAGCAUGUAAGAAUGCCAUCUUUAGCUUAUUCAAUUCAUUUGAAAACUGAGCUCUCAAAUGCUUAUUCAUCUGAGAUUUCCUUCACAUCUUACGACUACUUACUUCACAGAUUUUAUCUUAGUCUCUGCACUGAUCUUCCUCAACAGUUCCCAUAAAUUUGCACAACAGUUUUCUUUGUAGCCUGGUAGCAGACAGCUCUGUCCUGUCUGGCUUUUUGUAUCUUCACAAAUCUCCUGAGAAACAUACUUUCUCAGUAUUCUCUCUUCUUAGGCAUAAUGUUAGCACUUGAUAGCAUCAUCACCAUCGCUAUACUCUGUAACUCUCUUGUGCCAUAAGACACUUCUGGUCCACUUGUGUGAAAGACAAAGCUAAAUUCUGCUGACCUUCAUAUCCGGUCAGUUUCAUUCACCUCUCCUUUUUCCAUGCCACCUUGCUUUAUCUAAUCACAGCCAGUCAUAAAACAUGCGGUAGUCUAAAGGUGAUGAUAUAAACUGUUUUAUAACAUGUUGCAUGCCAUAAAAAGUGAUAAUGGGGUUUAUCAGGGAAAAAAAGCAUGUGUGGACUACUUACUGGCAAAGAGUUUGUUAAAACCUUUCUUACGUGACAUCCAACAGCAGAGAGUUUGAGCUCAUUUUACCUCACCCCCCCAUAUUGCUCCUAUACUUCGUACUGGUUUUGCAAAGUAGCAGCACGAUGAAACUACCUUCUGAAAUUUUUUGCUUCUACUGCUUUUGGCAAGGCUGAGAGUAGCUAUAGUAGUUCACGAGCUGCCUGCCAGAAGACUCAAUAAAACCAAAAACCCACCAGAAAAAAAAGAAAAAAAAAAAAGUAGAAUACGGCCACAGUGGGAAAAUAAAAAAAAAAAAAGAGAGGGAAGAUAAUGCGUUAGGCAAGUGACAAAAGUUUCUUGCAUGCUGUCAAUUUUUCAAGAUCCUGAGAUCCUAGAGGUCAUGCACAUCCAUAAUCGUGCUUCUUUGUGAUACACACUGGAAGCUUUAGCCCAGUUUUUUUGUACGGAUGGAUCAAGUACCCAUCUUCUAACAAAAAGGGAUGGUCUACAAGCAUCAUCUGAACUGCUAAGAGAAAUAAUCUGUGGAAGAACUGUAUGGUCAUGAGGGCUUACCAAGAGACAGAGGAGUGCACAACAGGACUCUUGCUCCUUUAACAACCCACUUUACCCGUGGUGCAGCCCUGCACAGAAUGGAGCUUCCACAACCAGCUACAAGAUGCUCAGCUCAACUGCAUGGGCACCGUCAUUUCUGAAGCCCUGAAGUCUGUGACAGAAGCAGUGCCCACAUCCCAUUGGUGAAGUGGAGGAGCAGCACACUGUACUAAGCAACUAUCCUUUAACCCCACUCAACAAGCCCUUCCUCGUCCACCAAUGUGUUGGAACCUUCCAGACAGCAUCAAAUCAUCAUCUGCAGAUAUUUGAGCCAGUCUCUUCACAAAAUAGAAGGCUAGCACAUAUGUAUCCCUUCCAAAGGUAUGUAGAUAGAGGUAUGUAGUGCCCCCUAUUUAUUUCCAUGAAAACUAGUUGAUAGAGCAAGUUCUCAGUUACAAAACAUAGUCACCACCAAUAGCUAUGCAUUUUCACCAGCAACGAACAAGAACCUGCAUGCUGCAUUCAUAAACAUCCAUGCCAGUGGAGGUGACCACUGCUGAAAUGCACCACCCACUGCCUCACUACGCUCACAUCCUCUGUUUGGUCUCCAGAAAUGUUCAUUAAGCAUCAGGAGAUACCAAUGCGUGUCAUUUUUUCCACUGUGAGGAAUUCAGACAUACCUUUGUUCCAUACGCACUUCCAUGUCAGAUGCCAUUGUGUCAGACUGUGCCUCUGCUGCCAUCUGUCAUGCAGCAACAACACGUAAUGGAGUAUUGGUGGGAAGGUUCAACUUUUCCUGCCAUAUUACCAACAUCUGUCUCUGACGUUGUGGGCCAAUACAAAAACAUAGGAGGCAUUACGUUUGAAGCAACCCCCGUACAGUACAUUUACUAAUUGCAAAGUGACAUUCCUGAGAAUACUCAUGAAAAUUAACCAAACAUUUUGUCAAAAUGUUAUGUGAUUCUUCCAAGAUAUAUAGUGAAUUUUAACCUCUUCCUCCCCAAAUUACUUCUAGCAAGCACAUGCCUGAUGCCCUGGGUUUUCAUGCAGUCCUGUAGCUGCAAGCCCUGAGCCUCACCUGUAAUUUGUUUUACAUUGUUUGUGUGUAAGCAUUAGUCAGUUAUGUUCUACGCAGUAGUGUGCUUUAUAAAAACUGAUUUUAAUGUGUUUAUUGUGUAAAAAUACAGCUCUAUUUCUGUAUCUUGAAUGAAAGAAAACUGUAUCUACUUUUCAGUUUCUUUACAUCUUUCUCUGGUGUAUUAUUUGUGGGAAUUUUUUUUUUCAGUUUACUCAUCAUUCAGUAAUGAAGACAUUGGAAAGGCAGAAUGAAGCAUCAAGAAUUUUGGUUUUUUCCUUAUUUGUUUUUAGACUGUGUUGAUGACAUAACCUAAGCAGGAAUUGGUAUAUCUUACAGUGUUUUAGCAGUGAAACUUUGCCAGUCUUACGCUGGCAUAACCUUGGAAGUGCAAUUCUGAAUCUUGUCAGAAAGACCGUGGGCUUAUGAAAGACAGCCCAAAGCAUCCCCCAGAAAACAUCAGCACAUUAGCAGAGCUGUCCGAGUGCUGCAACAUGUUUGAGCACUGCCUGGGAUUGUUCAGUCCAGAGAAGAGGAGGCUCAGGGGAGACCUUAUCUCUUUCUACAACUGCCUGAAAGGGGGUUGUAGCAAGGGGGGGAUCAGCCUCUUAGGUAACAGUGAUAGGAUGAGAGGUAAUGACCUUAAGCUGUGCUGAGAAAGUUCAGGCUGGAUAUUAGGAAAAACUUAUUCUUCAAAAUUGGUGAGGCAGUGGCACGGGCUGCCCAGGGAGGUGGUGCAGUCACCAUCCCUGGAAGUGUUCAAGAGCCGUGUGGAUGUGGCACUGAGGGAUGUGGGCAGUGGGCAUGGUGGGGUGAGCUGAAGGCUGGACGAGAUGAUCUGAGAAGGUCUUUUCCAACCGUAAUGAUUCUGUGUUUUUAUGAAGCACUACCAUGGCAAUAAGAUCAUGGAGCAGAAAUUUCCUGCUCGGAAAUUUAGCGGUUUUAUUCUUUCUUUUUUUUUCAUUUUCCGCAAUAAAAUAUGCGAAUUACAAA